ACCCGGAGCCGCCGCGGCGCCCAGGGGACUGGAGGGACGCUCUGAGCAUGUGCAGAGCUGUUUGGCGGCGGCUGCCUCGGCCGGGGGCUGGGGCCCGGUGCUGAUGCGAACAGCCGGCUCGGCCUCUGCCCCAGCGUGGUCGGCGCCCCGGGCCCGGGCGGCAGGGAAGGAGCCGUAGCCUCCCCGCGGCCCGAGGAGCAGGCGCGGCGGCGCGCACCCUCUGCCCCCCCACCCCCGCUGCCGCCCCCGGCGGCCGCGGCGCCUUCGGGGCCCACGAUGAUGGCGGAGCAGGUGAAAUGCGCCUCGGCAGGGGGCGGCUCCGGAGCGGGCUCCGGGCCGGUGGUGAACGCGGAGCUGGAGGUGAAGAAGCUGCAGGAGCUAGUGCGCAAGCUGGAGAAGCAGAACGAGCAGCUGCGGAGCCGGGCGGCUAGCGCGGCCGCCGCCCCGCACCUGCUGCUGCUGCCGCCGCCGCCGCCGCCCGCCGCGCCGCCCCCCGCCGGGGCCUGCAGCCCGUUGGGUCCGCGGAGCCCCCCGGCCGCCGCCGCCGCGGGGGGCCUGGGGCUCGGGCUGGCGUUGGGCGCCGGGGGCGGCGGCAGCGGCGGCUCCAGCCCCGCGUUCUCGGGGACCUACUGCCUGCCCAGCCCGGCGCCCUCCCUGCUCUGCAGCCUGGCGCAGCCCCCCGAGGCGCCCUUCGUUUACUUCAAGCCGGCGGCGGGCUUCUUCGGCGCGGGCGGCGGCGGGCUGGAGCCGGGGGGCGCGGGGACGCCGCCGGGGGGAGCCACCGCGCCGCCCUCGCCGCCCCCCACGCUGCUGGACGAGGUGGAGCCGCUGGACCUGGAGAGCGUAGCCGCCUGGCGGGACGAGGACGACUACACCUGGUUAUACGUUGGCUCUUCAAAGACAUUCACAUCAUCAGAGAAAUCCCUGAGCCCUUUGCAGUGGUGUAGACACGUCCUAGAUAACCCGACUCCAGAGAUGGAAGCAGCAAGGCGUUCCCUGUGCUUUAGACUGGAGCAAGUGAGCCGAUGGCGGAGUCUCUUCUCUUCAAAUGUCUCACUGGCUUUUCCUUACAGUCCUGUUGCAAGACUCAGCCCAUAUAGCAAUGGCAUUAAUACUCCCAGCUUCUCUAAAACCUCAAAUAAAGCAAUACUAACACCUGAGAGAACAGGUUACACCUCCAGGGGCUCCCCUCUCAGUCCCCAGUCCUCUAUAGACAGUGAGCUGAGUACUUCGGAAUUGGAAGAUGAUUCUAUCUCCAUGGGAUAUAAGUUACAGGAUCUCACUGACGUUCAGAUCAUGGCUCGUCUCCAAGAAGAAAGUCUCAGGCAAGAUUACGCUUCCACCUCAGCAUCUGUGUCCAGACAUAGCUCCAGUGUGUCACUGAAUUCAGGAAAAAAAGGGACGUGUAGUGAUCAAGAAUAUGAUCGCUUCAGUCUGGAGGACGAGGAAGAAUUUGAUCAUUUGCCACCACCUCAGCCUCGUCUUCCAAGAUGUUCGCCUUUCCAAAGAGGCAUUCCCCACUCACAGACUUUCUCCAGCAUUCGGGAGUGUAGGAGGAGCCCCAGUUCCCAGUAUUUUCCUUCAAGUAAUUACCAGCAGCAACAGUAUUACUCACCUCAAGCCCAAACUCCAGAUCAGCAACCAAAUCGGACCAAUGGAGACAAGCUCCGGAGAAGUAUGCCUAAUCUAGCUCGGAUGCCAAGUACGACUGCUGUCCCUAGCAAUGCUGGCUCACCAGUCACCGUGAGAAAUAGUCAGAGUUUUGACUCGAGCUUGCAUGGAGCCGGAAAUGGGAUUUCAAGAAUACAGUCUUGCAGUAAGUAUGACAAUUUGUAAUUUUUUUUAAGUAAGUUUUAGUUGUAACACAAUUAGAAAAAUCUUACUCCAUUUUUUUUUCUUUUGAGGACGUAGCAGGAAACUUUUCUCAUGACUUUUUUUUUAACUUCACCAGUACAGUUUAGUAUUUUCAUCAGUGCAUAUGUUAAUGAAUUAAUAAUUAGUAAAUUAUAUUUAAUCUUCUCUAUCCAAGGAUAGCAGAAGUACUACAUGAUGAUUAAUGUGUUCACUCAUCAUAUAAACAAAACUUACCUGUGUUUUCCUCGCAGAUCUGCCCCUUUCUAGCUAUAUCUGCUCGAUGCCUUUACUCUGAAGAAUGCAUAUUCAGUCUCGCUGUCACUUUGGUCUUGUUGUUUACCAGUCCAGAGGUUUGUUCUUCCCAAAAGGAAGUUCUGUUUUAGUGUGUAGAGUAGUUAUUUACCUGCCCCCUUUUCAGCUUACCGCACAGUCUGUCGUUCAUUCUCCGUACGUUUUACCCAGCAGUGAGCAAUGCGGUGAGCGUGAAAUCUCAUGUUCAUGUGUUUUUAUUUUGUGUGGGGAUGUGAUGGUUCCAGUUGUCCCCGUCCCAUUCCGACUCAUGCUGUUUAUGUGGGUAGUCCCCUGGGAGGCGGACUGAGGGUCAGAGUCCCAGUAAUGAUGUGGCCCAAACGUAGGAGCCCCGAUGUGUGUUCAGAGUGGGCUGGCCAGCAGUCAUCAAGCAGAUGUCUAAAUCUGCACCCAGAGGGGUUUGAAGCCCUUUUCCCUCGGAUUCCAGUUUGGGGGCUCAAUUGGCAUUUUCCCCACACGUGACGGUUUUUCAUUUCAAAAUGGCAACAUUUACUGAGCACGAGGAACUGUGCUAACUGGUUUAUAUCUAAUUUCUGGCUCAGUUCUGCCAACAACCCUAUGAGGUGAUUUCUGUCCUUGUUCCCAUUUUGCAGAUGAGUAAACAGAUAAAGUAACAAUUUGCACAGGGCCAUGCAGGUAAAGGAAUAGAGCUAGAAAACUGUUCUGAUGACCUCAGAGUUUGUCUUUUAACUACAAACAUAUUCUGACUCUUGUGUGCCAUUCUUUCCCUUUCUGUAUGCAGUUUGUUGCUCUUUACCUUUAUCCUACAGCCCAAACACCACACACCCUUAUGAAAAGGCUCCAUUGAUGACCCUAAUAGACUUCCCCAUAAACCCCUGAAGCAGAUCUGGGAUGGAUUCAAUUUUUGGUGCUUACCUUUUUUUUCCCCCUAGUGUGUCAUAUUUCACAGUCUUUAUAUUUAUCUUCCAUACUAGCUCAUCAGAUCCCUCUGGGCUUGGGCCCUAGCUUAGCUGAUUUUCUGCGCCCCAUACCUGGCACCCUGCCUGUAUUUAAUGAGUUUGAAUGCAUGAGUAAAUGAAUGCCACAGGGCCACAUCUUAGGCCUUGAUCUGUUAAUAUUGGAAUUAACGACUUGUGUAAAGACACAGAAGACAACUUAUGGAAUUUGCUAAUGGUGGGAAAGGGAGAGCUACUAUUUCACAUGAGGCAGCUGGGGAAACCGGCCAGAUCAUGAUGACAUUUGUCGUAAGUACACAGUUCUCUAGUUGAGUGCAAGAGUCAAAAGUAUUCGUGUAGAAUGGGAAAGUAUAGUUUUGACAGUAGCACAUGUGGUCAUGAUGAGGACUUUUUGUUAACUCUGACUCCAUUUGGGUUAAUAGCAUGAUUUGAGUGUCAGAACAAUGUAUGGAACCCAAAAUAGAAUGUCCACAACAGAGAGUGGCCGGUUUUGAGGGAAGUGCUCAAAGGCUAAUGGGGAUAUGUCAGAAGUGCCCAGUAACCAAAUCUGUGACCACUGAAGCCAGGGAAAAAAAUUAAUUCAAAAGGAUUCUAACCAGUAGAGCAAAAUAAAUAAUUACAGUUCCACAUUUAAUAGACAAAAUACAUAAACAGAGAAGGGGAAAUUUUUCUUUAUAGAAUGCCCAUUCAUCAAUGUAAAAAGAAAAUGUUUGAAAGUCAAGCAGUAUAACAAGAUAACGAGAGAAGAAAAACCGUUCAGAGCACUGCUGUGUAAGAGAAGGUCAAUCAUACGCUUCUCUCAAAUCUAAGGAUUCUCUUCUCAUUUACUUUUAUUCGAAAGCAUUCCAAGUGAUUAUUUUCUAUACAAUCUAAGUUUAUAUCCUGCCGAUCCCUAGUUCUGGGCCAUUUCACUUCCUGGGAAACACAAAGGUAAGAUAACAUUGAAAAGGUAGUGUGAUACAGAAGGAAAACCACUGGAUUUGCAGUUAAAAAAAAAAAAUUGAGUUUGGGUCUUAAUCAUAAGUUCUUGGAUAAGUUAUGUAUUCUUUCUGAUUCUUGUUUUCUUAUUUGUACAAUUGGGAUUUUGUCUGUUUAACUCAUCAGUUUUUCCACUUUUAAAAUACUCGAGUAUAGACAUUGUGUAUACUGUGUUUCCUGAGUAACUUGUGUAAUUUCAUUUCGAAUGAUAAUGAUUGGGACAUCAGUGAAUCUGUAGAUAAAUUUUAGGAGAAUGGACUCUUCAUGAUAUUCUUCUAAUUCAUUAACAUGGCACCUCUCUUCAUUUAGAUCUUCUUCGAUGUCUCCCAGCAAAGUGUUUGUAGCUUCUUGUAUGGAAGUUUUCUGCACCACAGUUAAAUUUAUUUCUAAGUAUCUGAUUUUUUAAAAUGUUUUAUAGGUAGUGUUCUUUUAAAUUUUAGUUUCUGCUUUGCUGAUAUUUAGAAAUAGUUGAUUUUUGUAUUUUGAUAUUGCAUCCAGUGACUUUGCUGACUUCAUUUAUACUGAUGGUUAUAGAAUUUGGAAUAUACCUUACAUAAUGAGUGCAUAUGAACACUGAAAUAUAUUCAAGAAUGUUCACAAAACCCCAAACUGGAAAUAACCCAGCCUUUCAUCAUUGGGCAAGCAGAUUGUGACAUUCAUACAACCAAAUACUACAUAGCAGUGCAAACAACAUGGUUGAAUCUCAAACACAUGAUGUUGAGUGAAAGAAGCCCAAGAACGUACUGUAUAAUUACAUUUAUAUGAAGUUCAGAGUAGGAAUAACCAAUUUGUGGUGAUAAAGUGAGAAUAACUGUUACCAUUAUGGGAACAGUGAGUGGGAAGGGGGAUGAGAGCCUUCUGGGGUGCAGGUAAUGCUCUAUAUCUUGGUGUGACUGGUGGUUCCACAGUGUGUUCACUUUGAAAAUUGAGUGCUAGACUUAGGAUUUAUAUACUUUAUAUGUAUUAUGUUUUUCAAAAGAAAUUGAGCCAAAUUCACAUUGAAUUUUUAAAUUUAGAUUUUUUUCUGAGCAG